AUGGCUACGAUGGAUGGUGAACACACAGAUAUAUUGGCAGUCAAUUGUCAUCCAGAUGACAACGAGGCAACACCAUUGCUGGUUGACGACAGUGAUGACAGCAAGAGACCAUUAAGAGACAAGAACCUUUACAAUAUCAUCAUCCUUGGUAUUGCAUUCUGUGUCAUGUUCACUGCCUUCUCGCCAACUCAAAACUUGGAGACUACUAUUAAUCAGACAAUGGGAUCGGACUCGUUGUCUAUAUUAUACGCAUGUCUGUCAGUGUCAAACUUUGUAUCGCCAUUGAUUGUGUUAAAGCUCGGUGAGAAGCUCUCUUUGAUCCUUGGUACUGUUACCUAUGUCACCUACAUUGCUGCCAACAUCUAUACAAAUGCAGGCAUCCUAUAUCCAGCCUCUGCACUACUUGGAUUUGGUGCUGCUGUUCUCUGGACUGCCGAAGGUGCCUUUGUCAUUCGUUGUUCCAACGAGAAGACCCUUGGAUUCCACACUGGACUGUUCUUUGCCUUGUUCCAAGUCAAUCAGAUCAUUGGUAACCUUGGAACUGCCCAACUUCUCAAGGCAUACUCGGACAGGACUCUGUUCAUCAUCUUGACAAUUGCUUGUGCAUCGUCAAUCUUGAUCUUCUUGUUGAUUGGAAACCCAGGCUCAAAGAAGAAUGAUAAGGCAAAGGAGGCCAUGCCAUUCCAGGACAGACUGUUGAUGACAUUCAGUAUCCUGAAGGAGAGACCUGUACAAAUGUUGAUCAUUGCUCUGCUGUACAGUGGUAUGAGCCAGGCCUUCUUCUUUGGCGCAUUCCCACCAUUGAUCGGCAAGGAGAUGAUGGGCUACGUCAUGACCGUGUUUGGUGUGUGCGAUGCGCUGGGCUCGGUGUUCAUCGGCAAGUUGUCAGACAUCAUUGGCAGGAAGUCACUGAUCAUCGUUGCCACCAUGGCCUGCAUGGGCGGUACCAUCUUCUCAUACAUCAUCGACUAUCACAUCUCGGAGCACAAGGUCAUCCUGUACGGAGUCUGUGCCGGUCUGAUGGGUAUCGCCGACGCUGGCUACAACACGCUGCUCUACUCAUUGCUGGGCACACUCUACCCCACCAAGGGUGAGUCUGCCGCCGCCGUCUUCAAGUUUGUCCAGGCCAUCGCCUCGGCCGCAGCAUUCCUCUACGGACCACAUGUCAACUACAUCCAGAACGUCAUCAUUGUCAACUCAUUCGUCGUUCCAUCAUGUCUGCUCUACAUUGCCAUCGAAGUACUCUAUGCGCCAAAGAAGGCUGUACAGAGUGAGGUCACCGUCCAAUAUGUUGAGCCAGUCUUCCAGAGCACUGUCCAAAAGUCGACUGUUGGUCCAGAUAUC